AUGGGCAAGCCUACGCAGAAGGAGAAGGCUCGCUACCAGCUACUCAGACAGAAGCUGUUAGAUACAUACAGGGGACACUUUGAUGACAUCCUUUCAAAACCACCGACCGCCGCAGUCGACCAGACCCAACAUCGAUGGGAGACCCUUUACCCAGCACUGCUAAAGCCGACGAGGCAUGCGGUGCUGUUGAAUACUUUUCAUGGAGAACCCUACUUUCAGCACCCGGGAGAAGCACCGACGAAUCCAAGACUUGGAGGAUCUUUAGAUGAGAGGCUACGAAACUUCGACCUCAAGUCGUCAGGGGAAGUCUCUCCUCUGGAGCUCCUGGAGGAUGCUGGUCGAUGGCUACCUCCAUCUUGUCCACUCCAGCUAUAUCACCUACCACAGCAACAAACCGAUUCCAGCAAAGAAUACCUCCUACCGCCUCCAUUAAAGAAUCUUCACGGCCUCAAAAACUACUACUGUCUCGACUUCGCAUCCGUCUUUCCUGUUCUCGCGCUUGAUGUUCACCCAGGCCAUACCAUCCUUGACAUGACAGCGGCACCUGGUGGGAAAACGCUAAGUCUCCUGAACCAUCUUCGCUCCUCCCUCGUCCCAACCACCGACACCACUGCUUCUGCCUCCACCAUUAAGACAAGACUACAUGUCAACGAGAUCGACUUUCAACGUCGCAAGCGCCUACGAGUCGUACUGGACGAAUACGUGCCGGCGAAUCUCCUUCCGUCUACGUCGUCUACGAACUCGAUCGUCCAAAUCACAGGCAAGGACGCAACAGAAGCUUCCAGUUUCCGCGCCGAGACCUAUGACCGAAUCCUCCUCGACGCUCCUUGUUCCAGCGAACGCCAUGUUCUGCACCAGCUUCACAAACAAGAAUCCGCCUCAAACCUACACAAGGACCUACUCAAUUGGUCGCCUUCCAGCUCGGAGAAGAUUGCCAAGAGUCUCCAACUCAAGAUGCUCACCAACGCCGUCCAGGCUUUGAAGUUCGGUGGCACUGUGGUCUACAGUACGUGCUCGCUCUCACCACACGAGAAUGACGACGUCAUCGAGAACGUGGUGAGAUUAGUCGACAAGCAGAAUCGGAAGCGAACCAAAGACGCAUUACGUCGACGCGAGGCCGAUCGAGAGAGCGGAGAUGAUUCAAACAUCGAAAAAGACGGAGCAGAAGACGUCCCUCACCCCCCCACAAAACCAGCUCAAACGCCCCUCCCAGAACUGUGGACGUUGGAAAUCGACCACGCGAGCUGGUCAAUUGGAGAGCCAACUAAGCACGGAUGGAUGAUAUUACCGGAUCAGCAGGACAAUGCAGGUUGGGGUCCGAUAUACUUCUGCAAGAUCACCAAAAAGCGAAAGAAAGGAUCACGGUGA